GAGGCCCGCGCCGGCGCCCGCACCUGCUCGUGUCCCGCAGCGGCGCCCGCACCUGCUCGUCGUCCCGCAGCCGGCUUGCACCGCGCCCGCACCCGGAGAGGGCCCCCGGCGGGCGCCCGGCAGAUUUGAAAAUAUGGCCAAAAGAAUUGCUGAGAAGGAAUUGACAGAUAGGAAUUGGGAUCAAGAAGAUGAAGCAGAAGAGGUGGGAACAUUCUCAGUGGCCAGUGAGGAAGUCUUGAAGAAUAGAGCCAUAAAGAAAGCAAAGCGUAGAAAUGUUGGAUUUGAAUCUGAUAGUGGAGGGGCCUUUAAAGGUUUUAAAGGUUUGGUUGUACCUUCUGGAGGAGGAGGGUUUUCUGGAUUUGGUAAUGGCGCUGGAGGAAAGCCUUUGGAAGGACUGUCUAAUGGAAGCAGCAUAACUAGCGCCUCUCCCUUCUCCAGUGCAAGGACAGCAACAGAGAGCAAGGCAGCCUUUGGAUCUAUUGCUGCAAAUGGUCCUACCUCCUUGGUUGAUAAAAAGAUUUUAACUCCCAAAACUAAUGGUGACAGUCAGCAGCCCUCCUCCUCUGGCCUUACCUCUAGUGCAGCCUGCCCCCGCAAUGCCUAUCACAAGCAGCUGGCUGCCUUGAACUGUUCUGUUCGGGACUGGAUCGUGAAGCACGUGAACACAAACCCACUGUGCGACUUGACGCCUAUCUUUAAAGACUAUGAGAAAUACCUAGCGGGAAUCGAACAGCAGCACGGGGGCGGUGGCGGCAGGAGUUCUGAAAGUGAAACUAACAAAAUGCCACUUGCAACACAGUCCCCUUCCCUAUUCGGGUCAACAAAACUGCAGCAAGAGUCAACAUUUCUCUUUCCUGGCCACAAGGCAGAGGACGCAUCUGAAAAGAAGACAGACCUUUCUGUAGGAGCAGCAAGUGCCUCGUUUAACUUUGGCAAGAAGAUCGAUAGUUCUGUCUUGGGGUCCUUAAACUCUGGCCCACUAACUGGAUUUUCGUUUUCUUCUGGAAACUCCAGUUUAUUUGGCAGAGAUCUUACCCAGAAUAAAUCAAUGUCUUCACCAUUUUACACGAAAACAUUGGAGGUACAACCUGAAGGCGGCAGUAGCGAAUGCAAAGGCGGAGAUGAAGAAGAGAAUGAUGAGCCACCUAAAGUAGUAGUUACUGAAGUAAAAGAAGAAGAUGCUUUUUACUCCAAAAAGUGUAAACUCUUUUACAAGAAAGACAACGAAUUUAAAGAGAAAGGUGUGGGUACUUUGCAUUUAAAACCUACAGCGAAUCAGAAGACACAACUGUUAGUGCGGGCGGACACCAAUUUAGGCAACAUACUGCUGAAUGUCCUGAUUCCACCCAACAUGCCAUGUACCCGGACAGGGAAGAACAACGUCCUCAUCGUGUGCGUUCCAAAUCCGCCCAUCGAUGAGAAGAAUGCCGCCGCCCCAGUCACCAUGUUAAUCCGGGUAAAAACGGGCGAGGAUGCGGACGAGUUGCACAAAAUUUUACUGGAGAAAAAGGAUGCCUGAGCGCACUCAGCCCGCAGGACCCCCCCCCCCCCCCGCCCCAGCCCCUUAGACGUAGUCAGCUCUUCUUCUCUUCUUACUUUGACAUUCUGAGAACUUAGAGAUAACUGAAAACUGUGUGAGGAAGAUUAAUAUGGCCAAUAAAACCUUUAAAUGUUAAGUGUCAAGAACCUGUAUUCUCCCUUCUUAAGAACUGUCUAAUGUGUAAAAUAUGUUUGAAUGAAAUUUUUUGGAAGAUUUUUAAUGUUCAUUUAUUAAACUGACCACAAGUGAUUUCUUAAUAGGCUGAAAUCAGGGUAUCGAUUAGACUUCCCAAGGCUGCUCGACCCCCAGGUCUCUGGGUCUGCUGCCGGCGCGGUUUCCAGCAGCCCCUGGGGCCGGGAGGGAGCUCGCCGGGUGCCUUCUCUCCGGUGGGCUUGGCUGACUGGGGAGAACAGCGCUCUUUCCAAACAAAUCAUGCUACCACGCUGUGACAGAGGGAUUUUUCCUUUGCUUUCUCGUGGUGUUCUUAGAGCUGAACCACUAGCACCAGAUGGUCCUCCUCAGCGGCAGAGGCUUUUGCUUUUUAUUUGCAGAUCCGGGCCGUUGAGCCCUUGGGCUGCUUUACCUGAUGGAGGAUCUGCUUGUUCAUUUUAAAAGGAAAUUAGUAGCUUGUUGAUUGGCUUCAUAGUUUGAUUCAUGAGGUGCUGUUAGUUCUGUGUCCCCCUACGGACAAGGUGACCAGAUGGGGGAUUGCCAGGAAUGAGGUUUCAAAGCACAACUUUGGUAGCUUCUAGUUCAUAGACCAUGGACAGCAAACUCUUGUAAAAAUGAAAGUGAAGUCCGAGUUAGAGCGUAGUACGGAAGAAGAAUACGACUCAGCUCUUUGUACCUGAUGAACCCUUACCCUACGGAUCUAAGAGCUGCUUAUUCCCUAAAAGUACUAGGAGCUUGGACGACACAUGAGCCAUGUGAAUUAGCCAGGAAACCUGCAAUAAGGUAAUGGAAUUGAAAUUGUGCGUGUUGAUGUUGCCUUUAACUUUAGACAGAAGUAUAUUCUACAUUUGAUACCUGAAGUUUCCACUUACUUUUUUUACAAGUAAGAUGCUCAGUCUGUCUGUUUGGAAGGGAGCCGUGGUUACACGUGGGAAGACCCGUGUCACUUCUCUGUAGCUGUCAGGUUCUUUGAAAAUUCUGGGCACAUGAAUUAGAUGCAGAUUUUAUUCCUUAAAUGUCCACUUUCAUUCCUCAUUAAUCAUUUAAUGCUGGUACCAGAUGAUCUUGUCUAAAGCCUCAGGGUUCGUGCCUUAGGGCUCGCGCUUGUAUCUUCUGGUCUUCAGUAUGCAAUGUCGUCUUCUGGCUUAGAAAAGAGUCAAAGUAAUUUUAAAUAGUACUGUUGCUUUUUUUUUUUUUUUUUUUUUUUUUAAAGAAACUAGAAUUUUUAGAGAUUUAUAAGGGGGCAGGGAACUACUUUAUGAUCCAAUAUGUUAACUCAAAUGCUUGAGGUGUGGUAGUUGGCCAACAAUUUAUCAUGAGAUUCUUGCACUUCUGUUUUCUGAUUUCUGGUGAGAGAAUCUGGCCCAGAGUGUGACUCUAGAUAAAUGCAGAGAGAUGUGUGCGUACACUCCUGUGGGCUGUGGUCAGACUCCCACGUUGGGAGAAUUAGGGAGGGAGUGGCAAUUACUGUUGCAUUUUCUUUUUAGAAUCGAGAAUAUUCUUGAAUGUUUGUUACAGGUGAUUUCUAGUAAGCAGUGGUCGGUACUGUUACAGCGGUCGCGGCCCACGUGGCCUCGAGGAAGGUUCAUCCAGCUGCUAGGAGGAGAGGAGAGGCAGGGCGCGGUUUCUGGGCCCAGGAACUGGUAGGCCACUCCGGGCACCAGUCGGGGGAGCGUGCCACACUUGGGGGAGGGGGCAAGGGCAGCCUCUGUGUGGCCAGUGGGACGUUUGCCAAACGUGGCCCAGAUGCAUCAGGACUGGGGCACCUCUCAACCCCUCUGGAAAAAUAGUUCAUGUAUUUUUUUUUAAUUAGUGGGUAUGUGUGGCUUUCUCUUUUCUUGACAUUCCCAGCAACUUGUUGCUGCUAAGACUCACUGUUAAAGUGACAAUUACAGGGACACAUGUGAUGCGUGUGCCAUAACUCCCAAUGUGAUUAUCUCCUUCAUGUCACUUCUGCUUUAGGAACCUGCUGGUCUCCAUCUUAAUUAUGUAUGUACUUGGGGGAAGGGGUCCCUCGGCCUCCACUGUAUUUAGUUGCUAAAUUCCACCCUACGGGUCUAGUUAGAUUUAUUUUUAACAAAAUCUUGGAAAUUAGGCUUUAAAAUGUUUAAUGUGGACUGAAAUUUUUGUGUUUAGUUGGAGGAUCUCUGGAGUAUGUAUGUCAUCUGUAUGGCCUGAAGGGAGGUGUUUUUAACCUUUAAUCCUGAAUCAGUUGUGUCCCAUCUUGACAAAUACCGAGCAUCCCAGUGGCCUUUUACAAACACGUGUGUCUUUCUCCUUUCGAGCGCUCCCCCAGGAAGCACAAAAAUGAGCAUCAUGCGGUCUUUUCGUUUUUAGAAUUAUAGGCUGGAAAAUGUGUGUCCAGUUUUUAAAGCAGUUUUAGAUUCUGUUUUCCAUGGAAGGACAAGUCUGACCAUUUAUGAGCCGAUUUUCUUAAAAAGGAUUAUAGUUUUACAAUUUCAGUUCUAAAUCAUAUUUUUGAUAUGCUGCAUGCCAAAAAGAAUGUACCUGUUCUGGGGUAGGGGGAGAAAAUCCCAUCUUACUAUCCGAGUGCAGAACAAGUUCUCACUGAGAAAGCCUUUUUGGUUUCAUUUUAAGAGUGAAACAUGUCUGCUUCUGAGCAUCAGUCAGUUCUUCGAUGUCUGAAGUCAGAAUGCAAGCACAGUGCGUUUUGAAGGCUUUGCAAACCGAAUGGCUCGCUCCCAAACCCUUGGGUAAUCGUUCUCAUUCUGGAAGUGAGAAUCUGUAGUAGAAACUGGCGUGUCCCGCGGUUCUGGUAGGGGACCGCGAGGAGCCCGUCCAGUCCCGCUCUCGGCACCGGGACGUUCUUGGCCAGAGGCAAUCAUGGUUAGGACUACAGACUCUGCUUGACGCAGACGCAAUCGUUACAGAUGUAAAACUUCUUAGCAAUCAGAUAAGUUGUUUGCUUUCUAUUUUACAUAGGAAAUUGUUUUCUAAAACUAAAAUACUUGAAUUGUCAGACAAUGUAAUCUCAGUUUGUAUUAGUUUUUGAGGAAGUGUAAUAAUCCAUGAAAUGUGAAUAAAAUGGAAAGUAAACAAAA